AUGGUGUAUCCUGAUAAGAGAAAUGAGGAAGACCGACUUGCCCGUCACUCUUUAACAUCAGUUAAUCCAUUAGUUUGUGAGCAAAUGAAAAAAAUUGCGGACACACAUAUACGAACUGUUAAUACAUUUCACUUACAGACCAUCGAAAUUGCAGUAGUUUGUGCUGGCCAGCGUGCGGCUUCCAGGACAGUGAUCCUGUUGAAAAGUAUACUGUAUAAUCGGCAUAAUCCGCUCAGCUUUCACUUUGUUGUCAACGAUAUAUCUAAAAAAAUAUUGGCUAAACUUUUUGAAACUUGGAAACUGCCUUUUGCUGACGUUCAUUUCUACGACAGUUCGUUGUUGAAGAAGCAGAUUGACUGGAUACCCAAUCAACAUUAUUCUGGUAUUUAUGGCCUAAUGAAAGUCAUCCUUACCGAUGUGUUAUCUGAAUCGGUCAAAAAACUUCUAGUAUUGGAUACUGAUGUAAUGGUUGUUGGUGAUUUGGUUGACCUAUGGUCUUCGUGGGAUCAGAUGAACAGAAACAAUGCAUUUGGACUGGUCGAAAACCUGUCAGACUGGUACCUAGUGGGGAAUCGCACGAGGCCAGUACGAUGGCCGGCUUUGGGUCGAGGGUUCAAUACAGGUGUUAUGUUAAUGAAUUUGGAAAGGCUGCGUUCUAUGCAAUGGAAAAGGAACUGGAAGGAAGUAACAAAGAAAAAUUUAUUAGAAUUAAAUUUUACGCAUUUAGCCGAUCAAGACAUAAUAAACGCUGUAAUUAGCGAAAAUCCAGAUGCUGUUUUUCGACUACCUUGUGAAUGGAACUUCCAGAUGGGUUUUGAGUCCAAAGAGCAAUUGUGCGGCACUUGUAUUUCACAGUUGAAAGCUGUUCACUGGAAUUCACCUCGAAAAACUUCGCUUCAAAGUCGUUAUGCAGCGUUUUUCAAUCGUUACUAUAAAAUGUUUGCCAAUAUGGAUGGAAAUCUUUUUCGAAUACAAAAUUUGCCCUGCAGUAGAAAACAAGAAUCUCAGAAUAUAAAUUUUGUUUAUGAGUAUGACGAUGACGACGACGGGUGUAGCGAAUUUAGACACGCGAGAAAUAUCGUUUAUCGAGUGCAUCUUUAUGUUCGGCCUUACAGUCAUCUAAUGAAAGCUGACGAUGUUGCCCUCGUGACGCAGUUUUCCAUGGAUCGUUUAGUUUUCUUUGAAGCAGUACUUAAAUAUUGGGCAGGCCCCAUUUCGGCAGCUGUAUAUUGUUCAGACCUUGAACUCUCUCAACUUCUCCAACACAUUUCUUUGUCAAAAAGUUUCUCCAGUCGAUCAAACAUCGCUUUGCAUGCUGUAUUCAAAGAAGGAACUCAUUACCCCGUAAACUAUUUAAGAAACAUCGCUCUUAAUACAUCGGAUGCACCGUUUGUUUUUUUAAUGGAUGUAGACUUCCUGCCAAUGCCUGGUCUUUACGAAAAACUUAAAGAAAUAAUGCUCAAACAGAAGCAAAUUUUGAGGACAGCCUAUGUGAUUCCAGCUUUUGAAUUCAAAUCUUAUGACAAUUCACCUAUUCCAAGCACUAAACUGGAGCUGCUAAAAACGUUGGAUUCUGGCCAAACGCAGAUUUUUCGUCAAGAUAUCUGGCUACAUGGGCAUAUGGCAACCGAUUACAACAAGUGGCGGUCUGCUGUUCAUCCGUACUCUGUUUUAUGGCAAACAGAUUACGAGCCUUAUAUACUGAUCAGUCGUCUUGAAACACCACCAUAUGAUCAGCGUUUUGUUGGAUUUGGGUGGAAUAAGGUUUCGCAUAUGAUGAUUUUAGAUGCACUCGGGUUUAAUUUCACAGUGCUUCCAGACGUUUUCAUAAUACAUAAGCCCCACUCUCCUUCGUUCGAAAUUAUUAAAUAUCGUUCAUCACCCGUUUACAGAAAAUGUCUAAAGGCUUUGAAGGGUGAGUUCAUCCGAGAUCUUGUCCGUUCAAAGCAUAAGCACUACACCAAAAAAUAG